AUGGCGCAGACAUGGGCAGUUCUGGCUGCUCUCCUUUUCUUGCUAAUCAGUCUGAUUGAAGGGCCAGAUUACAACAUGGUGAGUGUGGAGGCUGGUCAUGAGGCUGUGCUGAGUUGCCCUUACAUCUCCAAGGUGUCUUUGCUAAUGGUAACAUGGAAGAUGAAAUGCAGCUCUUGUUGCUUGUUGGCCUAUAGAAAUGACCACAAUGAGACAAGGAAGUUAAACUGCAGUGAGAGGAUGAUGUGGAAAUAUUCACCUGACAAUGACCCUGCUCUUCGUAUUUACCCUGUGAACCUUGGUGAUGAGGGAAAUUACACCUGUGAAAUUGCCAGCAGUGCAGGGAAUUUUAUUUUUCUCUCUUCUCUGAGUGUGAUAGUCCCUCCUACAGUGACUCUGACCAGGUGGCUGAACAGGGUGGCUGUCUGUCAAGCAUCUGCUGGAAAGCCAGCUGCUGAAAUCUCCUGGAUCCCUGCAAGUAAUCACAGCACCGAGGAAGAAGUCCAUCAUCCCAAUGGAACAGUGACCAGAGUGAGCUACAUAAGCUGGGCCAACAGCACGCAUCCCACUGUCACCUGCCUGGUUACCCACCCAGCUACAAACCAGACUCUGUCCCUAGACCUGUCAUACACUUCUCCCAGGCUUCCCUAUCUCCUGAUAGGAGGAUCUGCAAGUGUUGCUGCCGUCAGUGGUGUGACUUUAUUCUUGAUUUUCAGGUGCAGAG